AUGACGUCGUCACCAUCUUCAUCGCGCCGCCGUGAGCGGCGGCCUGUCCCGGCGCCGUCGAACCCGGUCCUACUUGCGUCGCAGUCGCAAUGGCUCUUCACAGACGAAGAGCUUACACGAACACCGUCCCUGCUAGAUGGGAUGACGAUAGAGGCAGAGCAUACGAGCCGCAGCAAGGGCGUCAACUUCAUAACACAAGUGGGGAUCAUGUUGAAGCUUCCGCAGCUGACGCUCGCGACGGCCAGUGUAUACCUGCACCGAUUCUUCGUGCGAUACAGCAUGGUCGAUCUGCCACACCGGCCGGGAAUGCACCCUUAUCCGAUCGCUGCGACAUCGCUCUUCCUAGCUACCAAGGUGGAGGAGAAUUGUCGGAAGAUGAGAGAGAUCGUGGUGGCAUGCUGUCGGGUGGCGCAGAAGAACCCGAAUCUGGUCGUGGACGAACAGUCCAAGGAGUUCUGGAAAUGGAGAGAUACCAUCUUGCACAAUGAGGACUUGCUUCUCGAAGCGCUCUGCUUUGACUUGCAGCUGGAGCAGCCAUACCGCAUCCUCUACGACUUUAUUUGUUUCUUUGGGGGGAAUGAGAAUAAGAAUCUUCGCAAUGCAGCAUGGGCGUUCGUCAACGAUUCUACAUUUACGGUGCUUUGUCUCCAGUUCACUCCGCGCAUCAUCGCAGCUAGUGCGCUCUAUGCUGCCGCGCUGCAUUGCAAUGUGGCGUUCGAGGACGACGAGCUGGGACGACCGUGGUGGGAACAGGCCGACGUGGACUUGACGCAGGUACGAAGGGCAUGCAAUCGCAUGGCAGAGCUUUACGAGAACAAUGCAAUCCAUCGACAAGGCCAUCGGUACCCAACAGCGCCGGUCCACGGCGGGGAGGAUACAGAGAAGACCAGAAUCUCAUACCGUGGAAGUCCUGCUGCUGGCACUCCAUCCGAGAACGACAUCAACGGCCGAAAGCGAUCAAGAGAGCCAGAAGGACUUCUGAACCAUCAUGAGUCGCUGAAACCUCCCGUCUCGAACGGAGCGUCAUUCGAUACAUCCGCUUCGGAGAGAUCUCCAAAACGACAACGGAUAGAGAGAGACGAGUCCAGGAGAGCAGGCCAAGAGAGCCAGUCGCAGAGACCACCACCACAUUCGUCCCAAGACUCAAAACCGAACGUCUCAUCCUCAUCAGAUCUCCCUUCUCGAGAUCGAGAUCGAGACCAAAAUGACCAUCACCACCACAACUCCCAUAACAAUCACGAUAAUCAUAACAACCACACUACUUCACAACGUCAACAACAUCCUCUACCUCCCAUCCCGCCUCCACUAGCCCGCCGCGACAACGAACCAGACACAGAUCCCAUCCAACAACGCAUCGACGACAUCGUCAAGCAGAAUACCACCACCACCACCACCACUACCACCAGCCGACCUUCUGACCAAGAUCGAGACCGAGACCGAGAUCGAGACAAGCGUCCCUCAGAUACCGCCGAGGCAGGGAAAAGCCCGCCUCGAAACGACCGUAGCGAUAUCGAAGAAGGCGAAGCAAUCGACGAAGAAGACGGUGGAAGCGAAGAGGGCGAGAUAUGA